AUCUAGUUGUUGGCAUGUUGGCUCCUCCCCCUGUCUGGAGGUGGAAAUGACAGUCUGAGGAGGAGGAGCAGGACAGAGGUCUGCGCUGCUGGGUCCAAUAAACGAGUAGCAGGGCUGUCAGAGUGAAACUGUGAAUUAGAGAAAAUAAAGCCAGAAAUAAAAGUGCUUGGAUUAAAACUAACACUUAUUCAACAGUUCCCGGUUGGAUUUAGCAGUUAAAUGAGUGCGUAGACGGCUCGGACACAGUGAAUCAUGGCUGCCCUGUUUACCGAGCUACCCUCCUAGACUUCCGUGAUAUAUAGACAUACAUAUACCUAAACAUCCCUGGAAUAUACACAAACGCACACACUGUUGACUUUUGUGUGUGUGUGCGUGAGGGAUGACGACCUCCCAUUUGAACGGCCACGUUGCUGGGGAGGGAGGAGGAGGAGGAGGAGGAGGAGGAGGAGAUGAAGAGCUGAGGGGAGGACAGCAGCACCGAGAAAUGGCCGUCGACUGUCCAGGAGAGCUGGGUGGUCGAAUGCUGCCACUCCGACGAUCUGCACAACUGGAGAGGAUACGACAACACCAGGAGGACCUCCGACGUCGUAGAGAGGAGGAGGGUCGGCAGCUGGACCUGAACGCCUCACUCAGGCUCAGGAAGCUCUCCCAGAAUCCCCACAUCGGCAUCGACAACCCCACAUUCCUGGAAGACACAUACAUACCGCAGCAGCCAGCGCUCGGCAGCCAGCACACACAAGCACCGCUGGAGUUGGAGGAGUUGUUGCUGUCACUGAAGCAGGUCCGGGGCUGUCUGUCCGACCAGCAGAGUCAGAAUGACAUCGAACUGGUACUUGCACUACUAAACAAGUCUGAUUUCCAGUCAGCGCUGAAGAUCCAUAAUGCGGUGGCCACCAGCAUGCAUCGACCCUCUCCUCCAUACCCACACACACAGCAGGCACUGCAGCUGGCCAUGGAGGUCAGGAAUACCAUCCAGUCAAGUCAGAACAAAGAGGGACUCGAGCUCCACAGCCUGCUGUCAGACACACACAUCCAGUCAUUGCUCCUGGCGCAUGACAGCAUAGCAGAGACGGAAAUGCAGCCUGAACCUCCGCCUGCCCAAGGAGAAACACUGACCCAGUGGGGAGGAGAGACUGUGAAGAUAGUUCGCAUAGAGAAGGCCCAAGAUAUACCGCUGGGAGCCACUGUUCGUAAUGAAAUGGACAGUGUUGUGAUCAGCCGUAUUGUACGAGGUGGAGCGGCUGAGCGCAGUGGACUUUUAUCAGAGGGAGAUGAAAUCCUGGAGAUAAAUGGCAUCGAAAUCAGAGGGAAAGAUGUCAACCAAGUCUUUGACAUUCUUGCGGACAUGCAUGGCCUUCUGACCUUUGUGCUGAUUCCCAGCAGCCAGAGCAAACCUCCUCCUGUCAAAGAGACUGUGGUCCAUGUGAAGUCUCAUUUUGACUAUGACCCCUCAGAUGACCCUUAUGUACCGUGCAGAGAGCUGGGCCUGUCCUUUCAGAAGGGAGACAUCCUCCACAUUAUCAGUCAGUCAGACCCCAACUGGUGGCAGGCUUACAGGGACGGAGACGAGGAUAACCAGCCGCUAGCUGGACUGGUACCAGGCAAGAGUUUUCAGCAGCAGAGAGAAGCCAUGAAACAGACCAUAGAAGAAGACAAGGAGCCUGAGAAGCCUGGGAAGCUGUGGUGUGCAAAGAAGAACAAGAGGAAGAGAAAGAAGCUGCUGUACAACACUCACAGGAACGAUGAUCUUGAUAAUGAGGAGAUUCUCACCUAUGAAGAGAUGGCUCUGUACCACCAGCCGGCCAAUAGGAAGCGGCCGAUUGCACUGAUUGGUCCAACCAGCUGUGGACAGGGAGAACUUAGGCAGAGACUUCUCAACAACCAACCAGAGCGGUUCGCUGGCGCUGUCCCUCACACCACGCGGAGCCGGCGAGACAGCGAGGUGGGUGGUCGAGACUACCACUUUGUGUCUCGUCAGACCUUUGAGGCAGAACUGGCAGCUGGAAAGCUGAUCGAAUCUGGUGAGUUUGAGAAGAACCUGUAUGGGACCAGUACAGACUCGGUGAGACAGGUCAUCAACACUGGAAAAAUCUGUGUGCUCUGUCUGCACACGCAGGCUCUAAAGGUGCUGAGGAGUUCAGACUUGAAGCCUUACAUCAUCUUCAUAGCUCCGCCCUCCCAGGAAAGACUUCGAGCCCUAUUGGCUAAAGAGAACAAGAACCCCAAGCCUGAGGAGCUGCGGGACAUCAUAGAGAAAGCCCGGGAGAUGGAGCAGAGCUGCGGUCACCUGUUUGACGCCGUCAUCGUCAACACAGACCAGGACAAAGCCUACAACGAGCUGCUACGACUCAUCAACAAACUGGACACUGAACCUCAGUGGGUGCCCUGCUCGUGGCUGCGCUGAACACACUCUCUCUCUCUCUCUCUCUCUCUCACACACACACUUACACAUUACUCACAUAGUAGACACACACAGCCCAUGGAGCCCAUUUCUACAGAUGUAACAAACUGGACCCUGAAACACUGGUGUGGUUUUUACACAGUGUGCUGUGGUGAGGUUAUAACAGAAUAUUAGGGUUGAUGUUAGGAAAAAGCUAAUGAUUUUAAGAAUGAAGUUGUAAUAUUAUAAGAACCAAGUUGAAAUGUAAUAAGUCACAAUAUUGCAGGAUGAUAAUCAUAAUAGUAUCGCAGUAUAUUGACCAUAAUAUUACAAGAGUUGUAGUUUUACAAGGAAACAAGUCUAAAUAUUACAAGAAUAAAAGAGUAUUUUAAUAGAAAAGAAAUUAGGAUUUUUUUUUUUUUUUUGCAAAAAUUACAUUGACAAAGUUGGAAUUUUAAAAGGAUAAUUCUGACUCCUCUGACACCAGACUUUUCCAUGACCAGUAAUGGUAUUAUGGUCUGUCAGAAUGAGAUUAGUUAGCAACACAUCAGCAGAGCAUUAACUUUCACUCAAUGCACAGUUCACCACUUCAUAGUUGAUUCUGGCUGAGUCACCACUGUGUUCAUUUCAUUUCAAUGUCCUAUGAUAUAAAGGUUAUAUAAAGAAUAUAAAGGGUAUUAUUCAUCCACAUUCCCUCAUUUUAAAUGUAAAAGCAAACAAACCUCCCUCAACUGUUAAAUAAGAUGCAGCAUUAAAAUAAAUGUCUCAUACUUUUCCAACUUCAUUUUUAAAAUAUUACUUUUUUUUUUUUUUAAUAAAUUCACAUUAUCUCAUAAUAUUAGGAAUGUUCCUGCAAAUCUAGGACUCUAUUCUAAGACUUUAAUCAUAACAUGGGACAUAUUGUUCUUGAAAAUACGAUCAUGUUUUUUUGUAAAACUUUGUCCUCAAAAUAUUCCAACUUUUUUCUAGUAAAAUUAGAACUGUGUCUCAUAAUAUCAUGACCUUUUCUCACAACAUUACAAUUUUACUUUAAAAUAUUACAACUCUCUCACUUCUCUUUACUCAUAAAAUGACAACCAUAAGUUUUGUAAACUUGAUUCAACUGUGAUCAUGACACACUGUAUUUAUUUUAUUCUUAAAAUAACAACUUUUUUGUAUAUUUUGACUUUGUCUCAAAAUAUUC